AUGAGAGCCUCGAACAUCCUAUUGUUGCAGGGGGCAACUCUGCUUAUUGGCACAGCACUCGCCUCUAGCUCGUCUAUCAAUAGAAGAGCCGACAUCUCAUCCUGCAAAUUGCCAGCGACAAACGGCGUCUUCUUCAGCUCUGGUUUUGGCUACAAGUACGAUUGCGCUCCCAGCAAGGGCACCAUCAAUGCGAUCCUCAUCUUCAUCGAUUUUCCGGAUCAGACCGCUUCAGAAGCUUCUCCGCAAGAAGUCUACGACCUCCUGAUACCUCAAGCCCAGCAGUGGUUCAACACGUCAUCGUACGGCCAGCUGUCGCUCAACAUCACCGCAGACACGAGCCGAUUUUACCGCAUGCCCAAGAACGCAGCCGAAUACAACUUCGUCAGACCUUUAUCGCAGCAAGCUCACUAUGCUUAUGUCCAAGACGCGCUAGAGCAGUGGCUAGAUGUCACCAACACGCCAGUCCCUAGGGUCAAUAGCACCGAGGGCCCUCUGACUGAUAUCUUCUACGUGAUCCCCACAAGAAACGCGACGAAUAUUGAGCUUUCUGCAGCUCUAACCGGUGGCGCAUAUACCAAGAAUGUGAACUACAUUGCGAGAAAGGCUGUCACCAUGGGCAUUGACACAUUCGAUUGGUGGGGUUACAAGGCGGUGAAUCACGAGACGGGCCAUACCUUCUGCUUGCCGGAUCUAUACCCCAUACCGACGGGUUAUACGGGUAUGUACGCCGGCAACUGGGAUAUGAUGGCCAACGUGGGGGCUUCUAGCCCGGAUUACGUCGCAUGGGACAAGUGGAGGUUAGGCUGGCUUACGGACGAUCAAGUCGAGUGCGUCGUUACGUCGGCGGCUCCGCUCAACGGCAGCAACAUAACUUCAUCAACGACGCAUAAACUCACGCCACUGGAGACUAUGGGCGGCAUGAAAGCCGUGGUUGUGAAGCACAAUGCGACGAUGGCGCUGGUGGCCGAGGUGAGGUCGAGGGAGGGCAACAACCUCAACUCAUGUACGACUGGCGUCUUGCUCUAUACUGUAGCGACGGAUCUUGGUACUGGCGAGGGUCCGAUCCGAGUCCUUGAUGGGAAUCCCGGCUGGGGAACGACUUCUUGCAUCAACGAUGAUCUUGACAACGCGCCGUUGAGUUUGAACGGCGGGGGCGCGAGCGCAUACACCUUGACAGAUCUGGGUGUGACGGUGACGGUGGUGGAGCAAGACGGCGAUAAUUACACAAUCCGCAUUGAUGUAUCAUGA